UCCAAUUUUAAAAAUAAAUUCACGUUACUUAUUAGCGUGCGUACGACAAUUUGCAUUAACCGGCCUAUCGAAUAGUUGCUCAUAGUGCGUACGACAAUUUGCAUUAACCGGCCUAUCGAAUAGUUGCUCAUCAUGGUCGCCCCUGGUAACUGAAAGCAGUCAUGCCUUCGCACAGAUUGUGUAGUUUUAUACACACACCGAACACCUGUGCAGUUUUUUUUUACUACCAACAAAUCAACCUACAGCCCUACAAACAAACCCACCUACAAACCCACAAACCAACCCAUAUACAUCCCCAGUCAUUCAGUCGUCAGCAAAAAUGGCAGAGAACCUCCUUCUCGAUGCCCCUCCUUCCUCCAGGACCACGUCAAUGGACCUACGUACCAGAAGAAUCUGUUUCCAUCACCCCUUUUCUCAAGUGGCCUCCCAUGAAUUGGAAUGAACUCGAGCUUACUAUAAACAGUCAGUCAUUGACAACCCGUACAGUGGAACAGGUGAAAAAAAGCUGUCAGACAUAAAGACGGAGGUACGCUAAAAGGAAAGGGAAAGAAUGCGGGAUGCCAAGGUCACGGGCGGAGGACCACCCACCAUCAUACUUAAAGAUUGGCAGGAAAAGUUUUUCAGUGUGCUUCCCAAAGUAACCAUUGAAGGCUUCAAUGGUAUUGACAAUUUCAAAUCUAUGACGAGCAGUUUUUCCAGAUAUGUUGAAGAUACGAAGGUCAUUGAUACAUAUUCAGUUGAGAGGCCCAUUUCAAAUGACGACAGAAUGGCUGCUGUUGAAAAUCCCAUCACCGGUAAACAGGGACAGAAAAGGAAAUAUGAAAGCAAGUGUUCCGAUGAAUCAUACAGGAUUGAACUAAUCAGUAUUGAGAGAGAAAGUCUACAGGUGGAGAAGGCUAGAAAUACAAUUAUCUUGGACAUAAGCAAUCUAUUAGAAUCACUGGUUACACUGAAAAAACUUAAAAUAUUGAGCGAAAACCAACUUUUACAAGAGCAGUGA